AUGGGUAAAACUACAUUAGCCGGACAGCUUAAUGAUGUCGGGCUCGACUUCGAUAUCGCCGUCAAGCAGGCCACCGUGACCCAACAACGGCGUCCGGCUACCGCGAUCGAUCGUGAUAUCGAGAAGCCAGGCGUAGCACGGGCGAACAGGGCCGUGUCGACCGACGAGCCAGAAGGAAAGAAAGAAUACGUCGGAAAGUUUAAGGAUUAUUCCGUCAUGCAACAACAUAUUCUCUUCUGGGAUCGUGAUAAUGACGGUCAGAUCUAUCCAUGGGACACAUACGUCGGAUUCCGCGAAUUGGGAUUCAAUAUCUUCUUCUCGCUCCUUGCGGUUCUAGUCAUUAAUUUGAACUUCUCGUAUCCGACUCGUCUGGCUCAUUCGUGGCUUCCGGAUCCGUGGUUUAGAGUCUAUGUUGAUAGUGUGCAUAAGGCAAAGCACGGCUCCGAUAGCGGUACCUAUGACAUGGAAGGACGAUUCACACCACAAUCAUUUGAGAAUAUUUUUUCCAAAUACGAUAUGGAUCGAGAUGGUGCUCUUAGUUUGAAAGAGACGUUUUCGAUGAUGGCUGGUCAUCGAUGUGCGGCUGAUCCAUUUGGGUGGGGAGCAGCAUUCUUCGAAUUCGGAACCACUUGGCUUCUUGUCCAGCGUGAUGGGAAGAUUUUCAAGGAAGAUUUGAGAGGAGUCUACGAUGGCUCUAUCUUCUGGCGCAUUAGGGACGCUCGCAAAACAAAGGCCGGAUGGAACCAAGGUUUCGGUCUUGGAGGGGAUGGGCUCUUUGGCGCGACGAAGGUGGCUUAA